AUGCGUUUCGCCCUUGCCACCGUUGCCCUCGCCGGCGCUGCCCUUGCUACCAAGGAGGCCGAGAGCACUGUUUACUCGACUGAGUACUACACCAUCACGUCGUGCCCCCCCGAGGUCCCUGACUGCCCGGCCACCAAGACGUCGUCGGUCAUCCCCCUGACCACCUCGACCGUCUACUCGACGACCACUAAGACCAUCACGGACUGCCCGGACACCGUCACCCACUGCCCGGCUGACUCCACCACCGUGGUCACCGAGACCAUUGCCGUCUCGACCACUGUCUGCCCGGUUGAGCCCGAGACGACCUCGACUGCCAAGCCCGGCAAGCCGUCCUCCACCGGCGCCCCGUCCGGCAUUGGCUCCUCGUUCCCGCCCUAUCCGAGCUCGACUCUGGUCACCGCCGCCCCUGCCUGCCCCACUACCUCGGUCAAGACCAUCAAGACCUCCAUCACCACCGUCAUCCCCACCAUCAUCUACGAGACCGUUUCGGUCCCCUGCUCGAGCGAGGGUCCCAAGAGCACCCCCUCCGGCAAGCCCACCGGCUCCGCCGCUCCCAGCCCCAGCGGCCCCGUCACUGCCGGCGGUGCCACCUUCGGUGCCUCGGCUGUUCUCGCCGCUGCUGCCGGCCUCUUCGCCCUCCUGGCUUAA